CGCUGACGUCACAGCACGAUGACUCGUUUAUUUUGCGACCGCACCGGCUCAAAUUCUCUCUGGCUAAAGCUACAUCCAUAGGCAGAAAAAUAUAAAUCGUAGUGUGAAAAAAAAUACCAGAAGUGAUGCUUUUUGGGGAAUCUUCCGCUCAACGCUUCAAAAUGUAAUUCAGCCACCAGACGCCUCGGAAAACAACAGCCCCAGUUUGCUUUGGAUCAACGCGGUCAGUUUCAUAGCUUUGUUGUAUACUAAAGAGGGAAUCUGGAAAUUCCAUGAGCAUUCCUGAGCUCCUUCACUAAAGCCGGUGUGGGGGCUGGAAGCAGGUCCUACUGUGCCCCCCCCCCCGCGCCCCCCACUUGUCACUCCUGUGCACCACUCUGGGCUCUUGUAGCCCCUCCAUGCCUGUGAUCCCCAUCCCACGCAGGGUGCGCAGCUUCCAUGGCCCCCACACCACCUGCAUGCACUCUGCCUGCGGCUCGGCGCACACCACCAAGCUGGUGCGCACCAAGUACAACAACUUUGACCUUUACCUGCGCUCCCGGUGCAUGUACAGCUUCCUGCGCUUCUUGCUGUACUUUGGCUGCAGUCUGCUGACCUCCCUUCUUUGGGUGCUCCUCUCUGCCCUCUUCUUCCUGCAGUACGUCAGCGUGCGCGUCCUCCUCCGGCUGCAGUACAAGCUUUCCGUCAUCCUACUUCUGCUCGGACACCGGCGCCUGGACUUCGGCGUGCUCAACGAUCUGAUUAUCUACAGCAUGCACAUCACCAUGUUUCUGGUGGGGGGACUCGGCUGGUGCUUUAUGGUUUUUGUGGACAUGUAGCUGAGCUGCUGAGAAUGUCAGAAAGACUGAAAGGGCGUACACCAAGUCACAUCACUAUUUCGUCUUCAUACACAAGCCAUCAUGUUUCUGUGUACUUGAUCAUUGCCUACUGGUUUAUUUCCGUUGCUUGUUAAAUGUUUUGAAAAAUUGUGGAAAUAAAUUACCAUAAAGAUGCUGAAAUAGCACAUAGAAGCUUCUUAAAACCUUAUUACGUUCAAGAAAAAAAAAAUAUCAUAAUCCGUCUUGUUCCUAUUGAUUGUGGUUGACUCAUUUAUUUAUUACUCAUAUAAAUAAUAAAUAAUAGAAUUUGACUAAACC